GAACAUGCAGAAGGAUCACUGCUGAAGUGGGUUUUUUUAUUGUGGUGCGCUGUAGACUGCCCUGGUUUGUCUUUAGUAAGAGCCACCUGAACUUAAGACCCCUCCCCUCUCCCUUUGCUGUCCCUUCCGCAUCUUCCAACAGAUUGCAGCUUGCAAAAGGAUCUGCUUCAGUGUGUGUGUGUGUGUGUGUGUAUUGCCUGGAAAAGUGUGAGCCAUCUUUUGGGAAACGCCAACUACCGAGUGGAUCUAUGAGGCUGCUUCCUUGUUUUCUAGUUUAAAGAAACUUUUCCUACGUGGAGUCCAACUCCUGAAAGUGACCUUUGCGGGAGGCUGGCUGGGAUCAGAGGGCAGGAAGGCUCGGGAGAAGAGGAAACCUGGAGCACCCGCAAGGAGGCUGGAAGGCGGCUAUUGGAAGGAACUCGUGCGGCUGUUGUUGUGGGAUGAGAAGCCGCCAGGCGCCGGCCGCGGUCCCUGUGUGUUUGACAACAACCUCUCCUGGUCCUGCCGGGGCAGUGUGCGGGAGAGCUCUGCCAGCGACAAGCCCCAUGAAGAAAAUACUCUGAAGACAAUGGAGCUGUGACAUUCUACAUCAACUUGCCAACUGGAACUAUGGAAAUUAUAGAAGAUUGCCAGCACGGUCAUGCUGGGCUGGUGCCAAAUGGAUACAUGAACAAGAUUUUUCAAGCCAAUCCAGAGGAUGGGAGCACUGAGACACUAAAGAUUUGUGACCUUCAGCACUGUAACUCCAGAGGCAUCAACCAAAAUGCAAGGGAAGAGGCAGCCAGGUAUAAGAAGAAAGCCAAGGGCAACCGGAUUUGGAAUUUUGUUAGCCGAAGGAAAGGUCCCUCCAUGAAUAACAAAAGACCCCAGUCCAUGAUCCUGCUAGGAGAUACCUCAGAGAUCUUAGAAGAAAAACGCAAGAUGUCCUUCAUGGAGAGGGUGAGGUCCUUAAAAAAGCUAAGAACCUCCAGCAUGUCUAAAAAUGUGGAUUUGAGACCCUCCAAAGCCAAAGUUUCUCGCAUCCCUGAGGAGGACCAGGAGGACAGUGACCAAAGGGCAGUCUACAGGAUUAAGAAACUAGCUGACAGUCAGAGGCCUUUCCGUCAUUCAUAUGCAGGGUACAUCGAUGAUUUGGAUUCUUCCUUUGAAGACGUAGAGUUAAAUGUCAGCAUUCCAGAAAUUGAUGCCAAUGAAAAUAAAUGGCUCAGGGAUAUUAGUGUCAGAAUACACAAUGAAGAUAAUGAUAGUAACUGCCAUAAAAUGUCAGCUAGAAAGAGCAAGCUUUUGAAUUUUGAAAACUCUAAGAGUUCUGCGAUUACAGAAAGGGACAAUCAAAAGAGGUGUCCCAUGCUUCCUGAGGAGAGCAGGAGAGGAAAAAGCUCUGAUGUCUGGAGCUAUCUGAAGGGAAUUUCAUUGUCUAGCAAAGAUAAUUCAAAGUUGCUCAAUCAAAGUGUUGAAACAAAUUUCCAGAACUUAGAAAAUAUAACUGAUAAUUCUGCUUCUUAUUUUGACUUUGAUACGAGAUGUGAGGAGAAUCUUAGCCAUCCUAAAAAAUCAAACAGUGAAAUGAAAGCCAGUCACUUUGGUGGUGUUCUUCGGUUCUUUAACAGUGUGGCUGAGGCAGCUAGGAAGUGGCGAGGCUCUUCCCGGACAUUUUCACAGGGAGAGCAAAGACCUCAGUCCAAUUUCAGAAGUCAGAGGCAGGAAGCCUCCUCCCACAAAGAGUCUUUGGUUAUUCAGAAUGAAAAUGCCAGAGCUUUCUCUUCAACGGGAAUGUCAUUGCGGUCUCCAGAUUCUGGGAUUUGGGAUAAUCAUAGUUCUGAGAGUUCAACAGGAAAAGUGCUGCCUCAGCAAAGUGUUGAAGCAGAGUUAUCUCAAGAGAUCAGCAGCUCUGCUCUGGACAAUGAGAAUGAUAGUUUUAAUGAACUUUCUGACCUUGGGCCAGGUCCAUCCAUCUCCCCACUGCCAGAACUUCCAGAUGACCAUUAUGCUCUGUUAAGCACACAAGGCCCAUCUAAGGCUCUUUCACAGUUUCCAGACAUGCCUGUGACUGAAUUAGAUGCUCGGGACCCGGGCAGCUCUCCGGCGGCGGAUGCUCAGGACCCGGGCAGCUCUCCGGCAGCGGAUGCUCGGGAACUUGGAAAUAUUGAGUUACAUUUGAAAGACAGGGCUAAGACUAAACUGGGUAUUCAGGAACUGAGUAGCACUCCAAAGUAUACUCAGGACACUAGGAGUACUUCAGUGGAUAUUCAGGACCUGGACAAGACUCAAUCACAUUCUCAAGAUCUUUCUAAGAGUAAACUGGAUACUCGGGACCCAGAGAGUGCUCUGACUUGUACUCAAGGCCUCUUUGCAGUUACUCUUUUAAAACAUGCAACAGAUAAUGAGAAAGCUUUAGAAUUGGAGGAUUCUCCUAUCAAAGAACAUGAAAUAAGUUUACCAGGAGAACAAAUUUCCAUGGAGAGGCCAGACAAAGCAAAUCACUUUAAGUAUAGUAAAGUGUGCCAUCAGAUCCAGAUGAGCCUCUGUACAAUUGUUUCCUUCGGGGAACUCAACAAUGGAAAGCCCCUGUCUCACCCUCUUCAUCCAUCACCACAAACACCUCCUUUCAAAAUCCUGUUGGACAGAUGUCGCUCCUUACCCCUUUCGCAAAGCACUCCGAUGGGGCUGGACCAACUGGGCUGGAGGAGGCGGAUGUUGCUGAGCACUGGUGCUGAGAAUGACCUGGGUUCAAAGACUCUGGAGGUACGCAGAGAUGGCAGGAAUGGUGGAAGUAGAUGGAAGCCCCUGAAGCCUGGAGCUGAACAGCUGCUAGUCAAUAAACUGAUCAGUGGUGGUUCUAUUGUAAGUGCUGAGGCAGUAUGGGAUCACGUCACCAUGGCCAACCGGGAGUUGGCGUUUAAAGCAGGAGACGUUAUCAAGGUCCUGGAUGCUUCCAACAAGGACUGGUGGUGGGGUCAGAUUGACGAUGAAGAAGGAUGGUUUCCCGCCAGCUUCGUAAGGCUAUGGGUGAACCAAGAAGACGGAGUAGAGGAAGGAACCAGCGAAGUACAGAAUGGCCAUUUGGAUCCAAGCGCCGACUGCCUCUGUCUCAGCAGAACCCUUCAGAACCGGGACCAGAUGAGAGCCAACGUAAUCAAUGAAAUCAUGAGCACAGAGCGGCACUAUAUCAAGCACCUCAAGGACAUUUGUGAGGGUUACUUAAAGCAGUGCCGGAAGAGGAGAGACAUGUUCAGCGAUGAACAGUUAAAGGUCAUAUUCGGCAACAUCGAAGAUAUCUACAGGUUUCAGAUGGGUUUUGUCCGGGACUUGGAGAAACAGUAUAACAAUGAGGACCCCCACCUCAGUGAAAUUGGACCUUGUUUCCUGGAACAUCAAGACGGGUUCUGGAUCUAUUCGGAGUACUGUAACAAUCACUUGGAUGCAUGUAUGGAGCUGUCCAAGCUGAUGAAAGAUGGCAGGUAUCAGCAUUUCUUCGAAGCAUGUCGUUUGUUGCAGCAGAUGAUUGACAUUGCCAUAGACGGUUUCCUUCUGACACCAGUGCAGAAGAUCUGCAAAUAUCCCUUGCAACUGGCAGAGCUGUUGAAGUAUACUGCACAGGAUCACAGUGACUACAGGUAUGUGGCUGCUGCACUCGCAGUCAUGAGGAAUGUGACUCAGCAAAUCAAUGAGCGGAAACGGAGACUGGAGAACAUUGACAAGAUAGCUCAGUGGCAGGCCUCAGUCCUGGAUUGGGAGGGAGAUGACAUCUUGGAUCGGAGCUCCGAAUUGAUCUACACCGGGGAGAUGUCCUGGAUUUACCAGCCUUAUGGACGGAACCAGCAGCGCGUUUUCUUCCUCUUUGAUCACCAGAUGGUUCUCUGCAAAAAGGACCUGAUACGAAGAGAUAUCCUGUAUUACAAAGGUCGCAUUGACAUGGAUAAAUAUGAAGUGGUGGAUAUAGAAGAUGGGAGAGAUGAUGACUUCAACGUCAGCAUGAAGAAUGCCUUCAAACUUCAUAACAAGGAGACCGAGGAAAUUCACUUAUUCUUUGCCAAGAAGCUGGAGGAGAAACUGCGAUGGCUCAGAGCUUUCAGAGAAGAAAGAAAGAUGGUUCAAGAAGAUGAAAAGAUAGGCUUUGAAAUUUCUGAAAAUCAAAAGCGGCAAGCGGCACUGACAGUAAGGAAAGUCAGUAAGCAAAAAGGUGUCAGCUACUCCAGGUCGGUUCCUCCAGCCUAUCCACCACCCCAGGAUCCAUUAAAUCAGGGACAAUACAUGGUGACAGAUGGCAUAUCCCAGUCCCAGGUCUUCGAGUUCACCGAACCCAAACGCAGCCAGUCACCAUUCUGGCAAAAUUUCAGCAGGUUAACGCCAUUCAAAAAAUAAUACCUAGAGUGAGAUGGAGAAUUUUAAAAUAAAAUUUUAAAACUUAAAAUAAAAUAAAUAAAUAAAAUUAUAUUUAUAGAUGGACCUUUUUUCGGAGAAGCACUGUUGCAAUUAAAAAUAAUUCUAUAUAUAUACACACACAUAUAUAUAUAUAUAUAUAUCUAUAUAUAGAUAUAGAUAUAGAAGGACCAAAAACUUUUUUUUGUUGUUUUUGGGAAGCAAACUACUACUAGAUACUAGGAAGCACCAAUGACUUCUACUCAUGUGCCCGAUUUUAUUUUAUUUAAUUGGUCAGACAACAUCAUUUUUUCUGUUCAUUUUUUUUUUUGUCCAACUUGUCAUUGUCUCUCCAGGACAAUUUCUUGCUCGUUGUCUGUUUGUCACUGAAGUUCCUUGCAGGCCACAUUGGUGUAUAUUUUAUUUUAUUUAUGCCUUUUAUUUUUCUAUUUUAGAGGUGGGGAAGAUCUCUGCUCCCUUCCCCCUUUGCCCCCCCACCCCUUGACUGUCCCCAGACUUCUUUUUUCAAUGAACAGCAUUUUCCCCCCAGCAUUCUCUGUUCUGAGUCGUUCCAGUCUGGGUGUGCUCUGUUGUGCACUGUGAUAUGCUGCUCAGUACUUCUAUUGCUUAACUGUUUUUAUAGGUGUUCUUGGGCCAGGGAGGGGGGUAUAAUCAAACAAAAGGGGGGAACAAAUCUUUAUUAUGUGAGAGAUGACUUCUGUUCAAUUGAUUUGUUGCAUUUUUAAACUGUGUUUCAUUUCAAUGCUGUGUGUUUCAAUCACACAUGCCAUUCCCAGUAAUGUCGAAAGAGAACAAUGGGGGCUUUUUUGUUUUGUAUCUUAUUUUAUUUUCUCUGGAGAUUUUUUUUAGCUGAGAAAUUACCCUGUGAGAUGUCCAAUACUAGCUUUUUCCUACAUAAAGAUGACAGAUGUUUUAAAAUUGGUUGAUGGCCUCAUGUCCUGCAUUCUAGGUAGAGAAAAAUUAGUUAUUGAACACAAACAAAAUGGCCAGUUUUCUUUCUGCAGGAAAUAACUCAGAGGACCCUCCUCUCUCUCACACACACACACGUAGCAUCACUGUUAUGAACCAUUGAUUACAGUUUACAGGAGCAAUGAUCCUAGAUGUAACAGCCAUUGCUGUACUUGCUUUCUGGUCUGUUACGUUUUAUUUAAGUAUCCCUAGCUUUGCCUUGAGCCCCAAAUUACCAAACAGGACAUUCGCUAACAAUGAUGACCUAUUAGGUUAAGGAUUAUUGCUUAAGUAAUCAAAAACAUUUACUCAACAUUUAAUGCCUCCAACCUGUGGAAGAGGUUGAAAAUUGCCUUUCAGAAAAGAUAGCACUGAAAUCAGUGUCUGAGAAGUCUUGCCAUGUGACCAGGACUACAUAUCCAAAUGUAGAUCAGCAAUCAGACUAGUCUAAACUGUAGCAAUGGUUCAGCAAACUUGCACCAUUGUCAAUAGGCUGCACAGUAAUUAGUUAACCUCUCUGUGUCUCUUUCUCUCUCUUUUUCUCCCUCUGUAUUCAGAGCUGCAUUUUCAAUGACACCUCCUACAAUUUCACCCUCAGAUUUUAACCCUCAAACACACUAGUUUGCCUGUACGGAAGCCUGCAAUUCGGCUCACAAAACAGAUCAUUGCACUCACAAAUGCCUUUUUGCUUGGGCAAAUGUGGACAUUUUGCUCACAUAAAAAGGUGAAAAUUGUGCAGGUGCUGUUCUGUAGGCUCCUUUAAAACAUGGGGCGAAAUGAUCCAAACUCUAAUUUGUAUUGACUCUUUUCUUUUGAAUCUUAUCUGUCAUCAAAGCAAAUCAAGCUAGCUACCGGUACAGAGAAAUGCAUAGGGGGGGAGCACAGAUUUAAUUUUUCACCUGAAAAACAAGAACCUGUGAAGACCACCAGUGAAUGAUUUCAAUAUUUCCAUGCAGCUUAUUCUCUUGUAGGGCUAGAGCAAGCACUAAGAUAAAGGCACCAUGCCAUGUUGUAAGGGAGUGACCAUAUUUCCCAUCUAAAGCACAAAGAUUAUCUCAGCACUUUCUUUGCUACUUGAGAAAAUAUAAAUAAGCAGCAAAGAAAGUCUAGUAUUUUAAAGAGAGGAAGGCUCACCCCCCCCCCCCAUAUGUAAAUGAUAUACAGUAGU